GAUGAUAGUGAUGGUAGUGAUCUCUGCUGGCAGCGUCGCGUCCAUCGAAAUAGACAACCGGCUUGUCCAACCACAACAUGAUUGCUUCGAGCGGAUAGCCCUGGGCGCCAUGCUGCCCUUCGAGAAAACCUUCCGAAAUUCGGAUACCAAUUCACUGAAGAUUUGCGAAACACUCUGUCUCAACGACAAGGAAUGCCAAACGUUCUCAUUUGGCAUCUCCGGUCGAGGGAACGGCACCUGCCAGCUAUCGGCAACCGUCAUCGACGCGACCAACUCACGCCCCAUGGGCACCAUCUUCGAUCCCGACUUUGAUCUCUACUCCCGCAAGUACAACUGUUUUUUAGAGUCGGGUGGGCCGUCCAAUCCUCCGCCACGACCUGGGGGAUUGGGUAACUUUCCAGCCAGCGAACUGCCCCCGGGAGGAACUCAACGACCAACGUCUUCGUUUCCUCCGUCGGGGCCGGUCGAUCGACCUGGUCCACCGAUAUUCACUCCGGCUGGAACGACCGCAACGGGAGAACCAAUCUCCACGACAAAUGGUUUCACGGACCCAAGACCAACUAGCGAAUACCCGGGAACGUUCUCGACCAGUGUCGGAACAACCUAUGGACAGUCCACUGGAGAAACGAUCCCAGAGACUACCGCUCCCGGUGAGGAGUACUACACCACAAAGGAUCAGACCUCGUCAACGUUGACAGGACACUACUCACCACCCACCAGUACGGCAUCGGGACCUUCGAUAUCCAAACAACCAACGGGAACGAUGCCUGGUGAAGCACCUACAAAGUACCCACUUGAUCUACGACCUCAGUAUCCCAUUGCAUCGGGUCCUUCCCGACCGGGUAACCAUCCCUAUCAGUACCCAAUGUUGUACGAAACCAACUACCCAAUGCCAAACAGUAACGAACGGCUACCGGAGAUCUACGCCCAAAACGUCCCCACGCUGGACGGUAACUAUCUACGACCGGAAUACGCCGGAUACUUUGGAAGACCUUCGGGACCCUCAGCACCAACGGGUAACAUGAAACCGGUGGACAAUACCAUUACGGGCUACGGCGGAACCGGACCUCAACGACCUCCCCCGGACAGCAAACCAUCCGGCUACGGAGGUGGAGGUCCCAUGCGCCCCGCAGGAUCCGGAUCUGGACCAAGCUCAUCGGGAUACGGUAUUACGAGACCAGCACCUCCACAACCACAUCCUUCGGGACCUUCCGCAACGGGUAGUGGCAUCGGAGACGGCUACAAAGUCACCGAGGACAAGCAUGACCUACAUCCGACGACAUUCCAGCGACCCUGCUAUCGCCGGGUUCUGGCCGGAAAACGGGUGGCCCCGCAGUGGGUGCGAAGGACUUUGGUUUGCGAGCGGGUUGAGGAUUGCCAGCGGGAAUGUGGCGACGAGCGGAGAUUCCCUUGUGAGGGGUUCAACUAUCGGCUUGAUCCAACUGGCCGGGGUCAGGGAGACUGCGAACUGAUUGAUCAGCCACUGUCCCAGAUUGAUUUGUACUCGAGUCCUCACCAGCGGGACUCGAACUUGAUCCGCGAUCCCGACUAUGACUACUACGAGCGCGAUCGUAGUGCGUCCCCCUCGUGCAGGACUACGUACGGAUGUAAGGACUGCGGUAUGAAGACCUACCGACCUCCGCUGGACUUUAUCCGUCCGACGACGUAUCGACCUCACGCCGACGGGUACAAACCGUUCCCGAUGGAGCGACCGGGUUACGAACCGCCCUCGAUGACCGCACUGGACAAAUACCGACCCCCCAUGUACGUUCGACCGGAUUUUGAACGAUACAACUCGAAUUACUUCCCACCAAUGCCAGCACCUCCAAGUGACUCGUACAGACCUUCGUUACCCUACAAGCCACACUACAGUGGAGGAGAAAUCGAUCGUUACGGAUCAUCUGACCAUGAUCACUACAAACCUCCGGUUGUUCCUCACAGCCCUUACGGUAGUGGAACGUACGAUCGUCACGAUUUCUACCGUCCUCCUUCUUAUCCUUCGUAUCCCGAUGACAGUCGCCCAAUCCCGCAUCGACCACGACAUCCGUACGAAGAUCGCGAUCCUCCUCCAGCACCCCCUGCCCAAUACCCACCUCAGCACAGCGACAAACCAAACAGUUUCAUCCCCUACCUGAUCGGCCAGGACGCCCAGAAGAACUGGGGCGUCUACGGUGGUUCGUACGGUCACAGCGGUUCGGACAAGCACACCUCCGACUACUGGGGCAUUCGGAACGAAGUCAAACGCUAUGACGGACCUUCGUUCAACUACUUUGAGCUACGCAACGAACAGCACCACCCAGAAAACGAAAAUUCCAUCCUGAGCUACGGAGGUCGCAAGUACGCGUACGACGAUCCACAAGCCCUGGUCAUCCCGGACCAUCGACCGGACCGGGUACACUUUGGCCACCAGUGGGUACGCCGCCCCAGCCACGAGGAGUGCUCCGUCAAGUCCAGUGAAGGCUUCCGACUGCACAAGGGUAUCGUCAAGUACGCCCUGAACACGCCCACCGUGAUCGAGUGCGAGCGGAUGUGCUUCUCGGAGAACCGCUUCCGGUGUCACACGUUCAGCUACCGCUACUCGACCAUUUCGCGGGAAAACUGUCUGCUGUGCGAUCGCCCCUACAACCUGCUCGACUUUUACGCCGACCUGGAACCCGAUCGUGACUACGACAUCUACUCGAUGACGGACGAUCCCAAGACGUGCCACCCGGAGUCCCACCCGCCGGUGCGAGACAUCAACAUUCAAUGCUUCAUCCGUACGAUCGACUCGUCACGGUUCUACAAGGCGAUCGUGCGGGAUUCGUUGACCGUGCGAUCGGUUGGCGAGUGCGAGCUGGAGUGCAUCAAGGCUUCCAAGUUCACCUGCCGGGCGUUUACGUACAGCUUCGGGCCGCACACGAUCAACUCGGUGAUCGACAACUGCCAGCUGUCGGAUUGGCCCGUCCGGGACAUGGACAAGGAUCGGCAUCUGGUGUUCGACGAAGGGUUUGACGUGUUUGAGCGUGCGAGUUACGGACAGGGCUGCGAGAUUCAGCCGAUCAUUGAUGAUAAACACCAGAAAAAAUUCUGCUAUCUUGGGUACGGAUCUCCGGCUAAGCUGCUGUCGUCAGCGAUCAAGAAGGUGAUAUCCGUGAAUACCGAGCUGGACUGCAAGAACGAGUGCAUUCGGUUACGCGAAACGACACUGUUCAAGUGUUUGUCCUUCAGUUUUGGAGCGCAAGCUUCGACGUACAACUGUGAAAUGUCCGACCUGGACCAGAGCGAACUCAAGCUGGGUGUCCACUACGCGCACACCAACGAGCGGGACUACUGGCUGUUCGCGUGGAAUCCGUUCGAUUACACAUGCCGGGACAAGAUCACCACGAUCAGCGGGGGUGGCGGAAACCGAGUGAACCACGACCGUCGCAUGGACAUCUUCCGAGAGCCGGGUGGUGACGGAAGCUGGCGCCAGUACACCGUGUCCGGGAAGGCGUGCCGGGCCGGAACGCGCUGCGAACAGAACAAAUUGACCGGGUUUUACUCGUGCGAGAUAGAAGGUGGAGAGGUUGGUUCGUGGGACUAUUGCUGUAAGAACCCCUGCGGCUACUCGCAAGGGUUCGAAUAUCCAUGGUGUUUCGUGGGCGAUGCUCCCGACCAGUGGCGCAAGUGCAGCGAUAAAUACUUCCCCGCGAAACCUAACGGCGGCCAUGGCGGGCUCCAUGGUCCAAAUGGGCUCGCCGAUGGUUCGCGUUAUCAAGACAAGAAUAAAAAGGGUGAAGUCUAUCAGCCACCACCGAAACCGGGAGGACUGAGGCACAUCAUCGGCGAGGAGGUGACGGCCCCGGCCGAGCUGUGGCCGGUGACCUUUUUGUACCCGGAGGGACCUCCGAUGGCGGCCACCACGAGAAGGAUGAUGGCAGCGGCUUCUACUGGCAACCGAACCGUUACGGCAACGUGGUCGACUGCAAAAAGGACAAGUGCUAGGUAGUGAGCGAAGGAUUUGUGGUGCGCAAAAGGACAUUAAACGAUAGUUUGAAGAAUCACAUUCACACAUAUGUAUAUGGAAUACUGCCAAAAUGAUUCUUCGUCUUGAAAAAAAAAGUAUAAUUUUCACUUUCAAAAAAUCCCUUUCUCAAAUACAAGAAAUAAAACUGUCAUUAGGGACAUCGCCGUGAGAUCUUGCCACUUUCUUUAUCGUUUUGUGUGCGAUUUUGGGGCGUUUUCAACAUGAGAGAAGAAAAAAAAGCCUUACAAAAUCGUCACACGGAUGGCCAUAAAGAAAGGUGGUGACAAAAUUCAUCAAACAACCCCUUUUUACAAGGAUCUAAUUUAUUAGUAAGCUUAAAACUUUACGAUUAAUUAACUGUAAUUCUUUAGCCCGUAAGCUGUAUCGAAUAAAGUACUUCUAUUUUAUAAUUAAAACAUGAUAAA